GGGUGCUGACAGGGAGAUAGGCAGAAGGCGUUAAUUCUCCAUGUCUUCCCUCGGUUCUAGAAAAGCCCCCUGGAAUAGAGGAGAGUGUGCAACAGAAAGCCAUUGAUGAGUGGAAAUGCGCUUUGAAGGAAUCUAGUUCUUUGCACAGGAUUCAACUUUCUGGUCUGUAAUUUGGUCUCCUGUGUGGCCACACCCUCGAGAAAGGAACCUUGUGCCUGGAUGACCAGCCCAAACAAAUUAGUAAAUGUGCUGUUUAGGCUUCUUGAGUUAGGGUGAUUGCCCCUGGCAGGCACAUCACCUGUGGGCCCCCCGGGGUCAGAAACGUGGUGGAAAGUCAGACAGAAGCACUGAUUCCAGGUUGUGCCAUCUUGGGUGUGGAACUUGAUUUUUCUGAGCAACUCUACAAAACUGGGGAUGUUUUCUUGGAGAACAGAAAUGAGGGUUUGGCAUCGAAUAAUCCCGGAACGCCUAGCAUCUGGCAUAGUGGGCACUCAGUCACAUCGCCCAGACAGUGACUUUGACGGGGUGUUUCACACCUGCCUGGCCCUAACUAAACCAGGGCAACUAGGCUUUCUUACCUCUUUCAAACUGCAGGUGUUUUAAUCAACAGCAAGGGUACAGUUUAAUAAUUUAAUUUCCAUCGUUAAUCUUUAGCCAGGGUUAAAGGUCUUUGUUACUAAGUCCCUGAUAAAAAGCAUAUUCUCUGCUAACUUGUUUUCUGCAAAGUUUUUGGCAAAAAAUUUUUUUCCAAUAUUUAAGCAUUUUCUUGGCAUGCAGCUAAAAGUUUGAAACAAAGUUUGUCUUGGAGGGAAGUUACUUUUGAUAGACAUUUUCGAUCAUCAUCUUCAGGCAGCCAAGCUCCAGUCCGUUUCUCCCCCAACCCCAUCACCACCACCAUUGCCAGUGACUGUAUUUAUGGGCAGGACUUCAGCCAGUGAGGACAUCCACUCACAGGAAACUGGCUUGUUAGAAAUGUUUCCUACCUUUAUUUAGCAUUUUGCAAUUAAUAAAGGUUUAAAGCUCUCUUGUGUACCUCAGCUUGCUCUAUGAGCCACCUCUUAUCUCCAUUCUAUAGAUGAUAAUAUUGAGGCUCAGAGAUGUGAAGUGAGUCACCCAGUGACAUGCCUACAAAGGAAGUGACAGAAUCAGGACUCUAGUCCACAGUGCAUUUGGUCCAGUCCCGUUCUGAUUCCAUACAUUGUCAGGGUAAGUGCUCGCAGGACCAGGCCAUAGGGCAGGAAGCUACUCUCAUCAGGAACCAGCCAGAAAGAACAGACCCAGCAACCAGUAUUAACGGCCAGGGAGUCAUCUAAAUGUCUACACUGGCCCUCCAAAAGGAGUCCAGGACGAUGUCUGGAGAACUUCCAGCAAACAUUAACAUCAAGGAACCUCGAUGGGAUCAAAGCACCUUUGUUGGACGAGCCAAUCAUUUCUUCACUGUGACAGACCCCAGGAAUAUUCUGUUAAGCAACGAACAACUAGAGAAUGCUAGAAGAGUGGUGCACGAUUACAGGCAAGGAAUUGUUCCUCCUGGUCUCACAGAAAAUGAGUUAUGGAGAGCAAAAUACAUCUAUGAUUCAGCUUUUCAUCCCGACACUGGUGAAAAGAUGAUUUUGAUAGGCAGAAUGUCAGCUCAGGUUCCAAUGAACAUGACCAUCACAGGUUGUAUGAUGACGUUUUAUAGGACCACGCCGGCGGUGCUGUUCUGGCAGUGGAUUAACCAGUCCUUCAAUGCCGUGGUCAAUUACACCAACAGAAGUGGAGACGCUCCCCUCACUGUAAAUGAAUUGGGAACAGCUUACGUUUCCGCCACAACUGGAGCCGUAGCAACAGCUCUGGGACUCAAUGCAUUGACCAAGCACGUCUCACCACUCAUAGGACGUUUUGUUCCCUUUGCUGCGGUAGCUGCUGCUAAUUGCAUUAAUAUCCCGUUAAUGAGGCAAAGGGAACUCAAAGUCGGCAUUCCCGUCACAGAUGAGAGUGGGAACCGCUUGGGCGAGUCGGCCAAUGCUGCAAAACAAGCCAUCACACAGGUGGUCGUCUCCAGGAUUCUCAUGGCAGCCCCGGGCAUGGCCAUCCCUCCAUUUAUCAUGAACACUUUGGAGAAGAAAGCCUUCCUAAAGAGGUUCCCGUGGAUGAGUGCACCUAUUCAAGUUGGAUUAGUUGGCUUUUGUUUGGUGUUUGCUACGCCGCUGUGUUGUGCUCUGUUUCCUCAGAAAAGUUCCAUGUCUGUGACGAGCUUGGAGGCUGAGCUGCAAGCCAAGAUCCGAGAGACCUAUCCUGAGUUACGGCGCGUUUACUUUAACAAGGGAUUAUAAAAUAGGGGAAGAAACUCUACAGCUUGUCCCGCCUACUGCAGACCUGGUGAGGAGAAGCCUGUUCAACCCGGGUUCUCCCAGUGACAGAAACCUUUUCAAGAUCCACAUUAGCCUUUUAGAGUCAAGCUGCCACCUACAGCACAGCACCUGGUGUGGGCCUGGCGCCCGACACCCGUUGGCUCCCUUACAUUUGAAUCACGUUGUAAUUUACAAAAAUACCCUUCCUGUAGCUUUUAUAGUAAUUGUUUUUCAAAGACAAUAUACCAGCCCUUUCCCAGAGUUUUAAAAAGCACUGUUAGGCAUAGAGUAGAUGUUCAGUAUAUACUCAAUAAAUACUUACUGAUUAUCAGUGAGCGAAAAGGAAAUCUGUUUGAAAUACUGAAUGUUUAUCCUGUUCUUGUUUCAAAUCACUCAGCAGUGAUUUGGGAAAACACAAAGCUCUGAGGCUAAGCUGUAAAAAACUGGACUCAUAAACAUUAAGGGAACUUUACUUCCAGUCUGGGCAGUGGGCAACCCCAACUAAGUGACAUAUCUUUUGGAGUUGUAGGAUUGAAAGCUCCCCCAUGUACUUCCCGAAAGGCACGGUAAUAGACAAGUGCAAUGAGCUGUUCCUGCCGGCCACGAUUAUGUGCAUUCACAUUGCUGGGGGAUUUCUUUGGUUGACUUCUAAAUUUAUACUGUUUUACAUUCUUACGAAGUUCAUCUUACCUCAUCUUACCUGGCACUUGUUGACCUUAGAUUCGGUUAUUUACACCAAAUAAUCAAAUCACAGAAAUGUUACACGUGUCGGAUUUUGGAAGUAUAUUCAAUACCAGUGCUGUGUGACUAGGUUGGAUCUGGUUUGUUUGAUUCUUUAGGAGUGAGAGCCCAGCUCCAGCUAGCUACAUGUGUUGGUCAUUCUUCUAGAUCUCCUUGGCUUUCAGAAAGAUGCGGAAAUGUUGUGUAUGUGAAUCAGUGACUAAAUGAAUUUUCCUUGAAUAUUGUCUAUUGCAUUCUACCCUGUUUGAAAAUAACGAAUCCAUGGGCCACUGUUUACAUCAUCUGUAGUAGCUUCACCUAUUUUUAACGUAACAGGUUAUGUUUCACGUCUGUAGAUGUUCCAGGCAUAUGCUAGGUGGUUGUUCUGUUGAGUGAAGACCACUCAGUUCACUUGUAAUUCAGAGACUUGUAAGUGGGGGGGAAAAUGUAGAAGCUAGUUUCGACAGAUUUUUCCCGACGAUGUGACCAGUCUGUAUUUCCUCAUAAAGAAAAAAUGGUGUGCCUUGUGUCCGUGUUUCUCUUUUUCUCUGAAAGGAUUAUGGAUCUGAAGCUUGGGGGCACCUCGAGCCUUCCUUUGUGCCACCAGAAUUUUCUCUUUGAGAUUUUCUGUCUUAAACCAUUUGAGGCAAAUUGGUUCCCCAUGACAUUCUGAUGUAUUUUGUUGCCGUAGAUGCUUCUCUUUAAGUAGCGGUAAGAGCCUGAAAUUGAAGGCAGAUCUCCAUGAGGUGCUGAAAGGGUGGUUUUUAACCUAAGCGCUUGACGCCAACCCCACCUGCCCCAGCUAAUCUCAGAAUUCUCACCGCCCCCUCCCCCAUUAACUGUUAGGUCCCUUUCAGAAUCCUAACCUUCAUUGAGAAAUCAACUAGCAACUGGCUUGACGCUUGAUGAACUAACCAAAAUUUUGUACACACCAGGAAGGUAGGACCAAAGCACUGUUGUAGAAGGGAUAAUGAACAUGGGGAUGUGUCUUUUUAAACACUUACUGAGGCUUCCAACCCCUGAUGCUUUUAUAUAGAAAUAUUAACUGUAUCAUUUAAUCGUGGUUUAUAAAAAGGAACAAAUGAACCAAGAUUGGCAAUUUCGCUGAUCUCUUAGAAAUAUCUUUUCUGGAGAAAAGUCCACAUGAAGUGCAAUGAGCUUAUAAAGGUAAAUAGUUCAUAUUUCUAGUCACGUGAUAAUUAUGAUUGUGCGUAUUACUGACUGGCAGAUCUUAUUACUUCAGUAUUAGCGCGGUGUCUUUGCCAGUGUUGGAGUCAAUGUAUUAUUUCCGUUCAACUGGAUGAAAUGUUAAACUCAGAAUGAAAAUAAAUUAUCUCUCUUAUUUGUAUGUAAAGGGCGAUGCAGUUUUUGUGUUACAGUCGAUGGUACUUUCGUUCAGACUUAACAUCUGGCUACCAUCAGGAACUCCUAAUGAGGAAACAGUUUUCUGUGGUGCCUUUGGCAGGAAAUGUUUUCCUGUGUGGGGCUACCAGUCUUCACCUUCUCGAACACCAUAUGCGCCGGGCACCCACCCUCUGCCCCCCGCCCCGUGGUGUCAUUCCAGGAACGUUUGUUAUGAGCACGGGGGGGUUGGGGGGGGGGAUGUCCCACUGCACAUGGUUGGUGAGGUGAUUUGCUUUCAUACUGUUUGUCAGCUGCUAAUGUGGAACUAGCAUUUUCUGUCGUUCAGAGAGAAAAUCUAAGUUAACCCAAGAUUGGGGAGCGCCUUAUUAACAGACUUAAUAAAAGAUUGCGCAUUGUAA